AUGCCGCGUUGGAAAUACUUUUCUUCGAAAUACGUAAAGACCAUAAAUUGGUGGAUUCCGUUCCCUCAUGGAACUCACCAGUUACACCCUAAACCAAUCUACGAGUCACCUGAUGUGCAAGCCUCUUGGGAUGUGCCGGUUUACGCGGAUCAUACUUGUGUCAAAGCCAACAGAGUGGAUGCGCGGUUUGUGGAUCAUAUGGGAAAGAAAGUCUGGGCAGUUGAAAUGAGCUGUCCGUGGAUGGAGAAUCCCGGAAAGAAGGAUGAGGAGAAGACAAUAAAGUACGGUCCUCUGCGAUGAGAGCUGAGGAAGCAAUACCCGGGGUAUAACAUCGACCAGUGUAAUAUUGUCAUUGAAGUGCUAUAUACGAAGGUGGUCAAAGAAACUUGAGCUGACUAUGAAAAAGUUCGUUGGUGCAAGGGCAAAGGGUGUUUUGCCAAGAAUGCAGAAAGCCACAUAUCUCGUGCUUCCUCAAUGUAACACGUACUUUUGAGGCAACUGUUGUUUAAGGACGUAUUAGGGUAAUGUUUCGAUGGGAUCGCAGUAGUGACGUUUUAAGUGCUUUUAAAGGAUCAGGCAAGUUUUUUGUUAGUCGUCCUUUCUUCUUCUUCUUCUUUUUUCCUUUUUCUUUUUUUUUUGUUUUUGAUCACCUUAUGAUCGGUGAUACAAGAGUAAGCCAAGCCCUGUCACGGGUGCAAAUAAUGUCGGAACUUGGUUUGAUGGCAAUCUUAAUCUGAAGGGACAUAUCAAUAAGACCGGUAAAACUGCGUAUUUCCAUCUCCAUAACAUACAGCUAAUUAAGAGAUAUCUAUCUAACAAUACCGCUCAAACACCACUUCAUGGACUUGUUAUGGGACGAGUUGGUUAUUGCAAUAGCCUUCUCUUCGGUCUACCUACAGUGCAUUUAGGAAAACUACAACGUGUUCAGAAUUCAGCUGCUCGUAUAAUUUGUAACAUCUCUAGAUAUGACCACAUAACGCCUGUGUUGCGCUCUCUAUACUGGUUACCCAUUCAAUAUCGCAUCAGUUUCAAAGUACUCAUCAUUACUUUUAAGGCAAUUUAUUGCUCUGCAUAGUGUAAAAUAAUUAUAAUUUACUUUUACCGGUAUCAUUUGUAAUAAUAAUAAUAAUAAUAAUAAUAAUAAUAAUAAUAACAUCAUUAUAUGGUCCAGCCCCCUGUCUGAUUGUAACCGUGUGCAGGCAACUAAUCAGUAUGCACUCCCGGUCCUGCGGUACCUAAUGUGGACACAGCAUUGGCCUCUAUCAGAGUUAAGAGAUGUGGACAGAGCAGCUCGGAAGAUCAUAGUUGAGAACGGUGGCAAGCACCCAGCUAGCCUGACUUCUUUGUUAUAUCUACCGAGGGAGAAAGGGGGUAGAGGCCUGCGAUCAGUCGAACACGAGUACAAGAUCACUAAAAUCAAAUCGCUACUGAAAUUGUAUCAGAACCCGGACCAGACUGUGGAAGCAGUUAGAGAAUUUGAAGAACACGCCAUGGCAUCAGGCCACCAGUCGCUCGUAAAGGAAGCAGCUAAGUACGCUGAAGAACUCAACAUCACACUUCAGCUUGAUACCCUAAAUCCCGUGUGUGUUACAACAGAAGGAAAGGUGGUAACUGCAGCAAGAGCUGCGAAUCUGUUGAAGCAAUCUCAAGAGAAGCAGUUCUUGGAGAUCGCUAAAGACAAAAAGUGGCAAGGAAAGUUAUUCCGUAUCAGAUGGGAAGAUGAGAACCUAAGCAUAACCAGCUGCUUUGCAUGGUUAAAAGGUUGGGCUACAUGCCCUACACAUACCAUCGCGGGCAUGUAUGAAUUGUAUGAGCAGUUGUUACCUACGAAGCUCUACACAAAGGAGAAGACGCAAACCUCCACCGACGGCGAAGUUCUAUGCAGGUUAUGUGGGAAGGUAGCUGAGAGCGUUGCACAUGUUCUGGCUGCAUGUUCCUCCCUGGCACAAACCAAGUACCUAUACAGGCAUAAUCCAGCUUUGAAGAUUCUGUUUUUUGAGCUCCUGCGAGAGCAUGGGUUAAUGGAAGAGGUUCCACCAUGGUACUCACCGGUGAUGCCAAAACCAGCCUACCAGAACACCACGAGUGAGGCGUUUUGGGAUAUUCCCAUCUAUGUAGAGCACCACGAAGUUAGAGCAAAUCGGAUCGACGCGCGACUUGUCAACCACGAGAGGAAAGAAGUCUGCACAAUUGAAAUGAGCUGCCCAUGGAUUGAGAGUAGAGCUAAGAGAGAUGAGGAAAAGACACUCAAGUAUGGGCCCAUGAUGUGGGAGCUGAAGCAGAGAUACAAUGGUUACAGGGUUGAACAGUACAAUGUAAUAAUUGACGUACUUGGGGGUUACUCUAAACACCUAGAGAAGUCGGUGAGGAAGCUACUUGGAGCGAGAGCACGGAGCGUACUUGAGCGGAUGCAGAAGUCGGUCAUCUCAAACACUUUAAACAUUGCCAGAACAUUUAAGAUAAAUACUUAGUUAGGGCGCUAUGGACUUCAGUUUUUAGGUUUUUGUUUUUUCUCUAGAAAUCUAGAAACACAAGCUUGCUGACGUUUUUAUUUAGAUUUUUUAGAACAUUAGAGUUUGAUAUUAUUAUAAAUAAGUUUUUGUUGAGAUAGCGAAGGUUUUACAGAGUAUCAGAAUUUAAUAAUAUUCUAAAUUGGCUUUUUUAGUAGAGAGAUUUAUAUCACUAUGUAUAAGCUUUUAGUAGAGAUAGCGAAAGUUUUACAGAGUAUCAGAAUUUCAUAAUAUUCUAAAUUGGCUUUUUAAGUAGAGAGAUUCAUAUCACUAUGUAUUUUAGGAUUGUAUUAGGUUUCGUAUCGACCUUUUUUACUUCUAAGUAUAGCUUCUCAAGUGGUGUAGGUUACGCUAUGCGCCCUAUACUACUCAUAAUGUG